UUAAUAUCUUGCUAUGUUUCCAAGUUAAGUUUUAGCUAUACAUUAACGUAAUUAACGUGCGUUCAUUGAUUGAUUGAUUCAUUUAUUUAGGACAUUUCUUUUACCAAAGUGUACAAGAAUGCCCCAAGUAUAUUUGUUUCAGCGAAUCACACUUCCAGUGGGGGAGGCCUGGAUCCAAUGCACAACUCCAUAACCGCUUGGGUUGAGGUGAGUCAGAGUUCGAUAUCUGCGUACUUAAGGUGUUUUGAUACAGUUUUUCAGAGGCCAUACCGAUAUUUUUCAGUCGCCUUAAAAGUGUUUUUUUCCUUGUCCAAUCGCCAUGAAAUUUUCACCAAUAAUUGUCUAUGGAUUGAAAUUUGUCAGAAUGUGGGUUUUAGUAAAAUCGAUACUACUAUGACAACAAUAAACAAAAAACUUUGAAAGUAAUAAAAGCCCAAGUUUGCGCAAUCUAGACCAGCUACUGAAAAUCCAACACUAGGAACUUAAAGUUUGGUGGUGAGCAAAUAACCUCCGUAAAAAGUAAAGAAUUCUGUAAGUUUCAAUUCGACAGAAACGAAAAUGUAUUUCAAACCUUAAAUUUUAAGUAGCCGUGAUAGAUUAUUUAAUAAAAACGUUGUAAAUGACUGAAAUUAUUCUUAAGUAGCGUCAGAAUGCUGCUUAAAAUAAUAUUUUGAUGGUAGGAAAUUUUGGUGUAUUUUCGUUCUUGCGAUCUCGAAAACUAACCCGUUUUCUCACCACCUGUCUAAGUGGAACUUGUUCCAAAUUUGGACUUUUAGCGCUUUUUUGUAUAUCUUUGAAACGACUCGAACGAAUUUUUUUUCAAAUCUCUAUACAUAACCUUCAUAAAUGAAUUAAACUUAGAGGCGUUAGCGCCCGCGUUAAUUCAGUCUCUAAGUCAAGGGAAAAACUAUUGACGUUUAUUUCUAGGAGGGGUCUAAUUAAGUCACAGUAUUCAAAAUAAGUGAACCAACAUGCAGCUUACAUUUCUUAAUUUCAUUGUCAUUAAUACAAGCGCUUUUGACAACAUUAAUUUAUUAAGCAAUUCCAAUGACAUAUACCUUCACCCUAGUAAGCUAAAGCCCCGUGGAAACGGACGCAACAUUGUUGGGAGUUGUUGUGUUCGUUUGCACGUGGCUGAAAGUUUGAUCGGUUUCAAACUUUGCGCAACAACUUCCAACAACAUGAAACAACAAGCAACAGGGUGUGCAAACGGACACAACGUGUAACAUCUGUUGUGAAGUAUUUAAGAAUGUUCGCAUCUUUAAAGUUUAUUUUUCGUUUCAUUAAGUGGGUCAAAGUUAGUGUAGAUUUUUUCUUAGUAGGUGUUUUCCUAUUUUGAUCUUCUAGUAAAGCUCGCGGAUUUACUUAAAGUCAUUUUAGGAAUAUUGUUCGCUGCUAUUGAUGGUUUUAACAGUGACGCCAUCAGAUUGCAAAGUCAAAAAAGUGAGGUUUUAUGAAUUCUUAUUUACACUAGGUUGAAGAUAAAUAGAAAAUAAAUCUUUGUAGAAGUUUCCACUACCGAAGCAUGUUUCAUUUCGAACUUCCGAGUUUUUACAGUGCGUGACACCAAAAAGGAAUGCUGUUUCAUUGAAAAAGGUCAUCCCUCUUGAUUUUCAGCAGUUUAACCAUUUCAAGUGUUAAAAGAUGUGUUUUUGUGCACGUAUGCUAGCUCUCGAGUGAAAAGGAAGAGCUUUUUAUAGAAAACGUGAAUUCCAGAUCUUUUUAUUGAUUUCCGGAGGGCAUAUUAGUUGACAUUUUCUGUCCACCAAUAAGGCGUCUCCAUACAAAGCUAUACCGGAGGCAAGAGAAAUGUUCAGGCAAAAAACUGAGAAACUGUGGACCACAAAGACCUGAGAUUUGGAUAAAUUGGUAGUCUUUUACAACAUUUCAUUUUCUUGGCUUCUUCAACAGGACGGUUUCCAGUUUACUUUAACGAAGAAUUGUCAGAAUAUUGCUACUUUAUCAUAGGUGGCCGUUUUUGUCAUGUCAGCGCUGAAAAUUGGUUCAUUAGUCUCGUUGAAGUUCCUGUUUUGGUGUGUUAACCAGCGUUUUAGUUUUUCAUCGGUUUGUAGCUUUUUACUUAUCACAACUAUGUAGGUAAUUCAGAAAUACCAAAACAUUACCCACAUCGAGUUCACCUUGUUUUUUAUUCCCACCGUCAGCUAACUCAAGCAUGUCCAGCUUAGGUCAGCUAUCUGACUUACCUAGAGCACACACCCCCACAUACACAUCCAACAUUGUUGGCCAAGAACGGGCAACAAUGUUGUGUCGGUUAAUUGCACGGGGCUUAAGUGCUAGGCAGUACUGUAGUCAAUACGGUAUUGAAGGCAGUCACUUGCAAAGUACACUAUAUUGUCGAGACUAAGACGAGAUAAUUAAGGAAUUGUGCAUUAUUAAAUGAACUCUCAUCGUCACAUAUCUCAUUUUCAGUAUGUCAACACAACUGGAGCUCGAGUGUGUUUAAAGGAGUUGUACAAGUCAAAGUACGACCCUCUCUCUGUAUCAUAUACUGUCUUGUCAGGUAAGAACGGUUUAGUGGCAUUCUUGUUUUAGCAACACAUAGGUUUUACUGAUUACUCACAACUAAUUCAUUAUGAAUGCAUACAGAGAUAACUUACAUACGAGAGUCAUUUCAUUAAUAGAGGAAGGCCAUCAUUUUAAAUAUUAGCUCCCUGGAAGUCGUUCAAUGUUUAGUGCUACUAGUUAUUCCAUUUAAUCAGUAGAUACUGCUCUCAAUUUGGCGUCGUCAGUUUUAUUUUCCUCUUUUCCUCCUGCUAAGCGUAUCGGCCGCACAAGCAGUUGGAAUGAUGUUUGUGAAGCUGCCUCGUCCCCAGUCGCUCGCGUUGCUUGCCUGCACUUCUCGCGCUUCUCGAUUGUUCUGUUCUCCCCACUAAGCCUUGGGAAAGCCUGUGGAAAAGGCACUCUUUAAGGGACCAAAUGUGUGGAGAUUUCUAAACUGCACAGUCGUUUUAUAUCUUUAUCACAGAUAUUUGCCAGCCAAGAUGGAGUUUUUUUGGUGGCUACUGUUACUUCACAAGUCGUGCAUGCGCCUCGUGGCUGACCGCUGAAUCAAACUGUUCUACGAUGAGUUCCAAUUUGGUAACAGUUCACGAUCAGGAAGAAAAUGUCUACAUUCAACACCGUCACAACGGAGAGAGAUCUUGGAUUGGACUCAAUGACCGAAGUGUGGAGGGCUCCUUUGUGUGGACAAACAAAGAAAUAAGCAAAUUUAGGUUCUGGGCCCCACAGCAACCGAACGAUUGGAAAAACGAAGACUGUGUUCACACUCUUGGAGCCAAGCAUGGUUACACUUGGAAUGAUGUGCCAUGUACUAACUGUUACAACUACACUUGUUUUAAAGGUACUAAGCGUAGCAAGGUUUAUAACUAUCUAAUAUUAAUAAUCUUCAUGUUCCAGAUAGUGAAUCUCAGUAGACAUGUAACUACGUUAAAAAGGUGAUAACACAAUUAAAGCAUAUCCUAUUACACGGAAAACAAGUUAUCGGUAGGCAGAUUGCAUGGAAAGCAAGAGAGGGUAACACCAAUCAGACUAGACUCAAGUAAAGGUAGUUUCGGUAUUAGAAACAUGAGGAUUACACCUUACAUUUGCAUUAAAAAAUAUCCAUUGACCGAAAAAUAGCCGCAAAAGCCUGAAAUCGGUAUAAUCAAAAGAAGAACGGGAAAAGUCGCGCCAACCUCCACUUAAUUUUCAACUAUGUUUUUUAGACACCUUUUUCAAAUGGUUAAUGAGCAUAAGUUCAGGGAAAGCUCCCAUACGACCCUUUUUUUAAAGUCCCUUUUUUUUGGCCUUUAACUAGUGUACGUUAUUACCGUCAACUAACCUACAUUAUCAUUUAUUCAAAAUAUUUCCCCGAUUCUGAUUGGCUAAAAGCACACGUUUAAUUCACCAUAACCAGUUACUGAUGACCAAAUUUGGAAGAAUUUUGUGUUUAGCGAGGAAAUGACGUCAAAAAUGCAGCGUUCUUGCAGGUUAAUGCACCGUUAACCGAGAAGACCUGGGAACGAGGUUGAGUUGUUUUGGUUGUGAACUUGAAAAAUAGCGGACGUUUCACUCGUUUCAAGAGUAAGAACUAGGCCAAAAAAUAGCUAAAAACAUGGCAAGAACAGCAAGAAGAGAAGUCGAAAGGCGACAUCUGCUGUUUGGAGAAAAGUGCGCUAUCGAAGAUGAACUUAACAUCGAUGGAUCGAUGGAGGUAAGCAUGUUUUAGCCAUGUUUUUAAACUAGGAAUUAUUUUGAAUGAAUAGUAAAACAAUUCAGUUUUGAAUUCGGCUUUCGCAUAAUAUGAGGAAUUAUCGAGAUCUCGGAGGGUUUUAUCCGCCUCGGCCUACGGCCUCGACGGAUAACACCCCCCCUUGAUCUCCAUAAUUCUUCAUAAGAUACUCAGUCUCAUUCAUUAAUUGUUAAAUAUAUUAUUUUUAAACAAACUUCACUAACUAAAAAAGUCAUGUUGUUUGACAAGAAGCCUCUGUGUGCUUAUUUUUUUCAGACUUGGAUGAAUGUACCACUGGUUCCCAUUCCUGUGACGUCAAUUCCGUAUGCCAGAAUACCGUGGGUUCAUACGCAUGCUCGUGUAAUGCUGGGUACACUGGAGAUGGAAAAGCCUGCAAUGGUAUUUAAGACAAACUGUUGAUCUUUCAUGUGCGACCAUCCUUCCAAAGUGACCCAUAAGCCGAGAUGGAUCUACACAUAUCGUAACUUUGAAAUUACGCACAAUAAAUUAUUUUUUCAAACGCACCACCUGUAGUUCAAUUCUUGUAAGCAACACCCUCUAGUCAUGAAGCAGCUCUCUUAACUCUAAACGUCAAUUGUUCGGCGAUACUCUAAACGUGAAAAAAUGGGAAAUAAUGAUAAGCAAUGAUGUGUUAUUGUUUUCUGCAACCAGUGAGAAACACCUUACGAGCAUCUCCUACAUUAGCCCCCUCUAAUCUGGAGGUUCCACUUGGACUGUGAUACUAUAGUCAAAGAAGACAACGAAACAGAUUGAAGGCGUAAUGCUUUUUUGCAAAAUAUCGACACUGCCAUGGCGUUUUGGUAAAAAGCCUAAGACUAUAUUUGUUAAAGUAACAAACAAAAGCAAAAACAAAAAUGAGUACAUCAUCUUAUAAUUAUAGCAGCAAUUCAACCAGAUGUACACUAUUAUUCUCUCUAUAUAUCUGUUAUUCUAACCCUUUAUGUAACUUACAAUUCUGAUGCAGAUAUCGACGAGUGUUCUACCAACUCUCACAGUUGUAACGUUAAUGCGAUUUGUAGCAAUACUGUUGGAUCGUACGCAUGCGCCUGUAAAGCAGGAUUCACAGGCGAUGGAAAAACAUGCUCUGGUAAGCGGUUGCCGUGUUGUAAAAAACGCUUCUAAGACGAUAAAUGUGCCUGUAUGUUCUACUGAUUCGAUCUUUACAUUUAAACAAGUAGAAAACGAUGGACAUAACCUAAUAUAAAUGUUUCGAAAUAAUAAUUAAAGUAAAAUAAGAAAUACGUAUCUCGCAUACUCUCCCUGACUCAAGUCGAUCUUGCACUUAACAUUAUGUCAAAGCGCGUCAUUGUAGCAAUGCACGAAAAAUAACAAAAGAUAACGAAAAUAAAAAUUAAAAUAAUCCUCCUUAACCAGGUUAUAGGGUUACAACAGUUCUUGUCUUCUGACGUGAACAGUCAGGUAUGAUAAUAAAGGGCAUGUUACAGAGGUCAGACCCUUUGACAGAAAUAAAAGGUGCUUAAAAAUCGACUAUUUGGUCUGUCGACAUAACGGAAAGGGGUCUUGUCAAAAGAAUUGGUGUUACCUAUUAGCUGGUCUUCCAAGAUUCCUGGAGUAAAUAUAUUGGAUAAUCAUCGCUGUUGUAACCCUAUAACCUGGUUACGGAGGAUUGUUUUUAUUUUUAUUUUUGAUACCUUUUGUUAUUUUUUGGUUGUUUUUCGUGCAUUGCUACGUGACGCGCGUGUCAAUUAUUUCGGAUAUCACUAAGUGUGGCGUACAACUGCAGAUCGAGGUCAUAAGACGAAACUAUAGCUCAUUUUGUAAAAAUCCCCUGGAUAAAUGUGUGUUGAAAGUGGAUCUUCAUUAGACGUUUCUUUUCUCUGUUGACAUUUCGAAUCACGUUAAAGUCCGGAGUUUAUUACUUUUUUCUUUUUUUUCAGAUUAAUUUGCAAUUUCUUAAACUACAAUUACAGCUAAUUACCACUGCGACGAUCAUAUCUUCAUUUAAAAAUAAAUCACUUAUGCUUCUCUGAAUGUCAUUCAGACAGAUAUUCUUAUAUUUAUAGCUCUUUCGUGUUCUCAGAUAUCGACGAGUGCUCUACAAACUCUCACAGCUGUGACGUCAAUGCGGUGUGUAGCAAUACUGUGGGAUCAUACGCAUGCGCCUGUAAAGCAGGAUACACAGGCGAUGGAAGGACGUGCAAUGGUACGAGUUUUCGUUUCGUUUUGUUUUAUUUUCCUUGAGGUGGUGGAAACAAAUUAACAAUAUCAUGAUUUACGAUGCAACAAUUUUUUAGAGCCGUAGGCGGGGUUGCAUAAAGCCUCCACACAAAUAUUAAUACAGAACAGGAGCCCAGCCUCUGUACAGAACUAUUACUGUUUCUUCAUAGACCUUUUGGUCGACUGACUGUUAUUCUUCCCUAUAGAAAGAACUCAUUUACUGGUAGAAAUGAGUAAUUUAGUAUAAAUUUGUUAUUCAAUAUUUUCAAUUUUCCCAACUCAAACCCGUUAUUCUAUCACUGAGUUCUAUGCAAAAAUUAAAAGAAUCAAAGCCUGCCUAAACUGCGUCGUCUUACGAAAGUGUCUCAAGGUUUUUUCUACUUUUUAAAUCCACUAUCCUCCACCAGUUUAUAUGUUGCAUCAAUUGCUUGACUUUGUUUCCAAUAAGCAUGUAAUAGUUUUUUUUAAGGAAUUAUAACUGAAUCUUUUUAAUGUUCUUGCACUAUUAUAGCCUCUGUUGCAGCCGGCCACGCACUUGUCUAAACCAUUUGUAUAGUCCGUCUGCGAAUCAGUUCUCAUGAGCUCGUUCUAAUAUCCUGUAGGGUCGCAAGGACGUAUGUGAGCGUUUCUGAUAGGCGGGUUUCUUAAGCGCCUUACGAUCGCUACACAGAAGGUUUCGAGCGUCUGCGGCGCGGGCAAGCAGUAUAAGAUGCUCUUAAAAACACAACAGAUGCUUCUAAAUAUAUAGUAGAAUCAACUCAGUCUCACAUGUAGCCUUGAAAACAUAACAAAUGUUUGAUACUUCAGUACACUGAAUCUCCAUUCGUAGAUGUUGAUGAAUGCACCAGCAGUUUACACAGCUGCCACAAGUUCGCUUCAUGUACAAACACUAUUGGAUCCUACCGCUGUUCAUGUCACCAGUAUUACAAUGGAGACGGUAAAAACUGCCAGCACUCUGUGAGCGGUGAGUAUAGUUUUAAUUGGUCUCGAAAAGUUAAAGCAGGUAAAAGACAUUCAGUGGAAGAGGAAUACUUGAAGUGUUUUUAAAAUUAGAGCAUAUUACCUGCAGGCCAAAAUUUGUUCCUAGUAGACUCCAUGAAAAACUUUUCAAGUCUUAGUUCCUUAAGAGCCAAUGUCUGUAAUUUUCGAGAAUCGGUUGACGGUCGUGAAUUUUUGAAUUUCUUCAUAUUUUGCCCACAUAAUAUCUAUAGUACACUUAUUUCAAAAAUCACAUUAAAACUUGUAAAGGCUUUCUAUUUUUUCCUGAAUCGGGCAAAGUCAGUGAAAAACGCCAAAUCGGCGCUCUUUCGAGUAUGAAAUUAGCGAAAUAUAACCAUUUUCUUCGCGCUCGUACAUAAAAACGGGAUGAUAUCUCUAAAUGAAAUCAAGUCACAAGGAAAACACAGACUUGUACUUUAUAAUUCUGCAAUCAUCUUUAGACAAGCUGUUUAAAUGUGACUUUGUUGGCCGCAGGAAGAAACACGAUUUCGGCUCUUUUCAAAAAUGGCAAAUUUGACCUAACUUUACCAUCGUAAAAAACAACUGAUAAAUAGAAUUUCAACAUGAAACAAACACUAUUUUAAAGCAUAUCCUUUGCCGUUUCUUGAGUGAAAAAAUUUUUGGCGGCAUUACAAAAGUGCAUCACUGAGACACCGAAACGUGCAGCGUAGUUUCGCACGUUGGAACGCUGAAAACAAGCUAGCCGCGAGUGUAGGCACACAAAAGUAUUUGCUAAUUUAGCUUGUUUUACAAGGGGCACAUUACGGGAAGCUCUAAAAAUGCUUUGAAGAACGAUUUUCAAUUUGAUAGUCAUAAAAAAGAACUAAGUAGAUUAACACUGCAUUUGAUCGCACGCAAUUAGCUGAAAAAGACAACGCUGUUAAGUUCUCAUGGACUGUAAAUAUUGACCUCGAGUUUCUGCACCUAAAAUAAAGCCGCUAGAAACGGCGUGCUAGCUCUAAAUGGGAUUCGGCAUCUCUAAGAAUUACUUACCACAGUCGUUUCAACCGCAAGUGGCCGCAGUUUGCUGAAAUCUUCCCUCGUUUAGCCUCGGACUAAACGCUGUGAUGCGUGAUGAAAGCCCGUGUGUAAUUUGAGUCUGGUCACGCAACUGUACAGACAAGGAUAAAUCAUCGCACGAGUGUACAAUUAACACUGUUUUCUUUUUUAGUUUUAUAUUUUAUAUUCCCAAAACAUGUCGAACUAAACUUGAUUUUAGGAUGUCACCAGCCGAAACUCAAAUAGAGAAAGAAAACAAAUAGAGUAAGCGGAGUCUGCAAAACUUUUCACACUAGUUUUAUUUUAUUUGCACUAAGCCUUCUGUGCCUUUGCUUGUAAUAAACUAAUCUUUACCCCGCUUAGCGCAUAGACUUCUUUAAUGAAUUGAGGGAUUUAGGUACACAUGUAUGCCAUAUGCAACAUGACGGUAGAGCAGGGAAAUGGAAACGAGUAAAACUAGUUAAAGAAAAUUGGCAAAUGCUCCGCAAAAGAACAUUCCUGAAAAACCACAAAUCGAAAAUGGACAAUGGACACAUUUGAUGAGCGAAAUACAAGUAUUUAACAUGUUUAAAUUACUGAAAGUAGUAUUGCUUUGCUCCUCUUCAGCAAGGGCAACUUCUGGCGAGACCUCAACCUGCUGUUGACGAAUUCUACUGAUCCCUCGCCCCCCGAAGAGAGGCCCUUAAAGGCCGGUCUACACAGUAUGGGGUAGACCAGAAAGCACGUACUGUUAGCUCCCGCCUGAAAAAAAAAAAGUAGUCACCUGGCUCUAUCCGCCACCAUCCCCCCGGCACUUGUUCGCAGGCUAGAAAUAAACCAAUUCACUGACAAGUUCUUUUUAAUAACGUCAAAGUCCGUCGCGUAAAUGAAAAAUGCUUUAACAUUUUACUUACUAUCUUUCAACCAAAUCCGUUGCGGAGAAAAGAGAUAAAAGGCUGAAAACAGCCUUUCAUUUCGAUUUAAAAUUUCAGAUGGAGAAUGCCCUUUUCCUAGGUCUGCACCUGCAGUGACUUGUGUGCUAAAACUACUUCGUGGUGGUAUCUCUCAGGCAAAAACAACCGCCUAGCGGCGAGGAGCGAGGCGAGAAGUCCGUGGCCAUUUUCGAAAAGAAAAAGAAGUGUAAAGGCAGCACCUUCGUCGCUCAGAAAACGUCUGCGUAUAUAAUUUUCUUCAGGCCGCACAGAGCUAUCAAUUAAUGUGCCUUUACAGACCCCUUUUUAAAUGAGCAGCCAGCAUGACCAGUAGGCUGUUCUGAAACGGUACAACGUGAUUUGUUCUCCGCCACCCGGAACCAAACAUUUAGCGGUGGUGAGGAAAAACUUUUAUUUUUAUGCGCCAAUUUUGUGAAUCAAACAAAGUCUGCUAGCUCUAAAUGUAGUGAUAAAUAUUUGAAUUGUUGUAUGUGUAGGGUUGAUCCUAAUGGAAAACCCAAUGCCAACCAACCCACCCAUCUCCUCCUCCUUCCCUAAAGUAGACUUUUCAUGGCGUUAUCAUAAUCACCUGAGACCUCUACUUUUUCAUUAGAGAUCGUCGAUCUAUUUUCUCUUUGGAUAUCGUCGACUUUGCGUAUGAAAAUAAAAGCCGCGGGGGAUUUAUUGACCAGUAGAGCAAGGGGCUCUCUCUCGCGCGCUCGCUUCGCUCGCGUGCUCGUCUAUUUUCCAAACGAAAGAGAAGUGUAAAAGCUGCACAUUCGUCGCUCAGAAAACGUCUGCGUAUAUCAUUUUCAGUUCAGGCCAUGCAGAGUCAUCAAUCAAUGUGCCUUUAUGGACCCCUCUAUGAGCAGCCAGUAGGUUGAUCUAGAACGGUACCACGUGAUUUGUUGCACCGCUACCCGGAACCAAACAUUUAGAGGUGGUGAGGAAAAACUCAUAUUUUCAUGCGCCAAUUUUGUGGAUCAAACAAAGAUCACCUAACGUAAAUGCAGAAAACCUUACUUUUAUCAUUAGCAUGGUCGGGUCGAUGUUUGGUUAUUGCCCUACAUACUCACGUGACUAACAAGUCAGGAGCAUACCAAGUGACUCACGACAUCUUUUCUAUGAUCGCAAUACAUUCAGCACUACUGGGGCCACAAGCGCCACAAACCAAGUUUGAAUAUGUGCGCGAUUCUAUACGAACAUACAACAAAGACUUGCACCGUAAAACACUUAUACCAGGAAUUUCUUUUCCGGCGCGUUACGCGUCACUCACUUCCGGAAUGUCAUCUUCCCUCGUGUUGACAGAUUGAAAACAUAUACAAACUUAACUUCGAUUCUGCCGUGAUGCAGAAUUUAGUUAGCGGUACUGUGACCCCGUCUAGCAUUUAAAUUCAGGUAAGUAAAUAACGUUUCUGAUAUUAAGGUUUCAGUACGAUUAAAACUAUAGCAAGCGAGUAUUUCGACAGUAUUCCCCUCUACUAACUGUGAUUUGAACUGCGUAUUCGUCUCUUCAUUAUGGUUUAUCGCAAAAAUCAGUUGAAAGGAAUCAUGUUAACUACUACUAACUACCGGCAACUACUAGCAAUUACUAGUAACUACUAGUAAAUACCAGUAACUACUAGUAAGUACCAGUAACUACUAAUCACUACCACUAACUACUAGUAAAUACCAAGAACUACUAUUAACUACUAGUAACUACUAGUAACCACCGACAACUACUAGUAACUAACAGUAACUACUAGUAACCACCGAUAACUACUAGCAACUACCAGUAACUACUAAUAACUACCACUAACUACUAGUAACUACCGACAAAUAAUAGCAACUACCAACAGCUACUAGUAACUACAAGUAACUACUAAUAACUACCACUAACUACUAGUAACUACCGACAAAUAAUAGCAACUACCAACAGCUACUAGUAACUACAAGUAACUACUAAUAACUACCACUAACUACUAGUAAAUACCAAGAACUACCAGUAACUACUAAUAACUACCGACAACUACUAGUAACUACCAGUAACUACCAGUAACUACUAGUAACUACCAGUAACUACUAGUAACUACCGAUACCUAUUAGGAACUACUAGUAAAUACCAAGAGCUACCAGUAACUACUAGUAACUACUAGCAACUACCGACAACUACUGGUAACUACAAGUAACUACUAAUAACUACCACUAACUACUAGUAAAUACCAAGAACUACCAGUAACUACUAAUAACUACCGACAACUACUAGUAACUACCAGUAACUACCAGUAACUACCAGUAACUACCAGUAACUAGUAGAAACUACCAGUAACUACUAGUAACUACCGACAACUACUUGUAACUACCAGUAACUACUAGUAACUACCGACAACUACCAGUACCUACCACCAACUACUGGUAACUACAACCAACUACUAGUAACCACUAGUAACUACCGACAACUACCAGUAACUACCAUUAACUACUAAUAAGUACCACUAACUGCUAGUAAAUACCAAGAACUACCAUUAACUACUAAUAACUACUAGCAACUACCGACAACUACUAGUAACUACCGCGAACUACUACUAACUACCAGUAACUACUACUAACUACCGACAAGCACUGGUAACUACCAGUAACUACUAGUAACUAUCGAUUACUACUAGGAACUACUAGUAACUACCAGCAACUACUAGUAACUACCGAUACCUACUAUAAACUAUCAAUAACUACUAGUAAAUACCAAAAACUACUAUUAACUACUAGUAAGUACUAGUAACUACCGACAACUACUAGUAACUACCAGUAACUACUAGUAACCACCGAUAACUACUAGCAACUACCAGUAACUACUAGCAACUACCGACAACUACCAGUAACUACCACUAACUACUAGUAACUACCAGCAACUACUAGUAACUACCACUAACUACUAGUAACUACAAAUAAAUACCACCAACUACCAGUAACUACUUGUAACUACCGACAACUACUAGUAACUACCGAGAACUACCAGUAACUACCAGUAACUACUAAUAACUACCGACAACUACUAGUAACUACCAGUAACUACCAAUAACUACUAGUAACUACCAGUAACUACUAGUAACUACCAGUAACUACCAGUAACUACUAGUAACUACUAGUAACUACCAUCAACUACUUGUAACUACUACUAACUACCGACAACUACUAGCAAUUACUAGUAACUACUAGUAACUACUAGUAAAUACCAGUAACUACUAAUCACUACCACUAACUACUAGUAAAUACCAAGAACUACUAUUAACUACUAGUAACUACUAGUAACCACUGACAACUACUAGUAACUACCAGUAACUACUAGUAACCACCGAUAACUACUAGCAACUACCAGUAACUACUAAUAACUACCACUAACUACUAGUAACUCCGACAAAUAAUAGCAACUACCAGCAACUACUAGUAGCUACCAGUAACUACUAGUAAAUACCAAAAACUACCAUCAACUACUAGUAACUACCAGUAACUACUUGUAACUACCAUCAACUACUAGUAACUACCGAUAACUACUAGUAACUACCAGUAACUACUAGGAACUACCAGUAACUACUAAUAACUACUACUAACUACUAGUAAAUACCAAGAACUACUAUAUAUUAACUACUAGUAACUACUAGUAACUACCGACAACUACUAGUAACUACCAGUAACUACUAGCAACUACUAGUAACCACCGAUAACUACUAGCAACUAACAGUCACUACUAGCAACUACCGACAACUACCAGUAACUACCACUAACUACUAGUAACUACCGACAACUACUAGUAACUACCAGUAACUACUAACAACUACUAGUAACCACCGAUAACUACUAGCAACUACCAGUAACUUCUAGCAACUACCGACAACUACCAGUAACUACCACUAACUACUAGUAACUACCAGCAACUACUAGUAACUACCACUAACUACUAGUAACUACAAAUAAAUACCACCAACUACCAGUAAGUACUUGUAACUACCGACAACUACUAGUAUCUACCGAGAACUACCAGUAACUACCAGUAACUACUAGUAACUACCAGUAAGUACUAAUAACUACCAGUAACUACUAGUAACUACAAGUAACUAAUAGUAACUACCACUAGCUAUUAGGGAGAAGACACAAUACUACAUAUCACACAGAGUGUAUAUUACCAGUGCACUGGCUUUCUACCAUGAAGUAUAUACCUUUUUAAAAAUGAAAUUAAUUGUUAUUACUACUAUUAUUUUAUUUUUUUCUAUUUCAGAAUGUCAGAAUUACGCAAGUCUUAACAGCGGUGACAGAAAGAUCACGUACACUGUUUACCACCAUUAUUGUGACAGUGGAAUCGGACCUGGGUGGUUCCGUUUCGAAGGGUCCGCUGGUACAAGAAUGCCAACUUCAUGUACGCCGCAUUAUAGAUGUGGCACUCAUUUGCCAGCCUGGUUGAGUGGUGGACACCCUACAGUAGCACACGGUCAGGUCACCAGGACGGUGUGUUUUCAUUAUAAUGGUAACUGCUGUUAUUGGUCAACAAACAUCAAAGUGAGAAACUGUGGUUCAUUUUAUGUGUACUAUCUUAAUCAGAUACCUGUUUGUGAUGGCCGUUAUUGUGGUACUGAUUAA